CCUUCAUUUUCACAUUUGAUGUAACAUGUAGGAAUUUGGGGAAAUGGGGUUUCAACAUUUGAUUGCUGCUCCAAUAAUUCAACCACACGUGGAAUGAAAUUAUAGCAUUCUUUCGCUCCUCUGUCUUGCGUACUCCUACCGGAUGUCGAAAAGGACGAAGCGACGUAGCAAGUCAAUGAUCACAGAAACUAAAUUAUUUAGUACACAUUCACCCAUAUUAACAUGAGUUGCCCUCUGUAUAAAUUCAGUAAUAAAGCUAGAUAACAAUAAAUUCACGCGCAAUAGUCUUUCACAGAGAAAAAAUAAUAAAAGCCACUGGUUAUUUUGCAAGAAAGCUAUGCAGCUUUUGAUGAUGAUUCACGGGCUGUUACUGUUAGUAUUAUUAUCAGCAACUGAAGCAGCAGUAUCACCAACAUCUCAUGCCAAACCUGGUUGCCCAGACAGUUGCGGGAACCUCAGCAUCCCAUAUCCAUUUGGCACGCGUAAGGGGUGCUACCUAAAUGAAUCUUUCUUGAUAACCUGUAACCACUCCACCAAUACACCAUUUUUGCAGUAUGGAGACAUACAAGUCCUAAACAUAUCACUUGAUGGUCAGCUUCGAAUCUUCUCCUGGUUAGCCCGAGAUUGCUAUGACAAGUACGGCUGGCUGCAGCAAUCUUCUCAGUAUGCGUGGCACUUCUUAUCCAUAUUCACCAUCUCUUGGUCCCGGAAUAACUUUGUUGCGGUAGGUUGUGACGCUUUGGCAUGGGUUAUAGGUUCCUUGGGACAGGGCUCUGCCACCGGAUGUUUGUCCCUCUGUAACACAAUGGAUUCAGUGGUUAAUGGUUCCUGCUCUGGUAUUGGCUGCUGUCAAACCUCCAUACCUAAAGGCGUAAGGGAUUUCAAUAUCAGUGUGACAAGCUUUAAAAACCACACAAACAUAUUGGACUUCAACCCCUGCAGCUACGCCUUUGUUGUUGAAGAUGGUAUGUAUAAUUUUUCUUCAUUAGAUUUUGUUAAUUUACGAAACAAAGAACGGUUCCCUGUGGUACUUGAUUGGGCAAUCGGAGACACUACAUGUGAAGAAGCUAGAAAGAACAGAACAGCUUAUGCAUGUAAGGAGAAUAGUAUGUGCCUUGACUCUGAUAAUGAACCUGCUGGAUAUCGUUGUUACUGCUCUAGUGGUUACAAGGGGAAUCCUUACCUCUCAAAUAGUUGCCAAGACGUUAAUGAAUGUGAGGAUCCUAGCCUCAACAAAUGUGUUUUUGCCAAAAAUUGUGUAAACACAGAAGGAAACUAUGCCUGUUUCUGUCCCAAGGGCUACCGAGGCGAUGGAUUAAGAGAAGGUGGAACAGGUUGUACUGCUGAAGAUACUGCUGAAGAUAAACAAUCAUUGAAGACAAAAGCUAUCAUCGGUUCAAGUUUUGCCAUUUCCCUUCUAUUUGUCAUCAUGGCAUGUGCAUUAUGUGGAAUUCAAAGAAGGAAAAUCAACGAGCUUAAACAGAAAAAUUUCAGAGACAAUGGUGGGCCUGUUUUGCGACAAUUACUGUCCAAGAUUGAAAGAUCCGCAGAAAAAGCUAAAAUUUUCACCGAAGAUGAGCUCAAAAAGGCAACGAAUAAUUUUAAUGAAAGUGAAAUUGUCGGCCGAGGAGGUUUUGGUAUAGUUUACAAAGGAACUUUAAAUAACAAAUUAGUGGCAAUAAAAAAGUCCAGAGUUAUGGACCAUGAUCAGAUUGAGCAAUUUGUUAAUGAGGUGUUCGUUCUCAGCCAAAUCAAGCAUCCAAAUGUGGUAAAACUUAUAGGUUGUUGCUUGGAAACGUCAGUUCCCUUACUAGUCUAUGAGUUCAUUAUCAACAAGACCCUCCAUCACCACAUACACAAUGAAGUUAGUGGGUCAUCCAUGCCAUGGAAAACUCGUCUGAAGAUUGCAGUGGAAACUGCCGAUGCACUUGCACAUAUGCACUCUGAUGCUCCCAUACAUAUCAUUCACAGGGAUGUUAAAUCUGAAAACAUACUCUUGAAUGAUGAUUUCCAAGCAAAAGUGUCUGAUUUUGGAGUUUCAAGAUUGGUUCCUUUGGACCAAACUCAGCUGCCUACAUUGGUUCAAGGAACAUUUGGAUACAUAGAUCCUGAGUACUUCCAUUCAGGCUUGUUAAAUGAAAAGAGUGAUGUGUAUAGCUUUGGGGUUGUCCUUCUAGAGCUAUUGACAGGAGAGAAGGCACUUUCUUCUGAUAGGCCAGACAAGGACAAAAGUUUGGCUGCCUUCUUCAUUUCUUCAAUGAAAGAAGACCGCUUGUUUGAAAUUCUCCACGAACGAGUGAGAAAUGAGGGAAACCAGGAGCAGAUUAAGGGGGUUGCUGAGCUCGCAAGACGUUGCUUAAGAUUCAAAGGAGUGAAAAGACCUACAAUGAAGGAAGUUAAAAUGGAACUUGAGGAACUAAUGAUCGGCAAAUGCCUUCAUGUUGAAGUUCGCACUGAUUUUGAAGAGACAGAGCCCCUGCUUGGUCCACCAACCAACUUCUGCAGCACUAGUGUAUCGAUUGGACCUGAUAGCACAAAGUAUCAAGCAGCCCUGCAGUUAGAGAGUGGGCGUUGAUCAUCCUCGACAGGUAAACUACAUGUUGCAUGCUUAUGUCUACACUCUACUCUGUGAGUGCCCUGUGUUAAUACAUAUGUAAUGUGAGGAACAAUAUUGCAUUUAUGUGAUAACAACAAAAUCUACUUUAGUUGAAUGUUGGAAAACA